AUGGCAGCUACAGGCGACGCGACGAACGAGCGAAAGGCCAAGAAAGCUGCACGUAAAGCUGCGAAAGUUGCUGAUGAACCUGUGGUGGAACUGGAGACGGAUCACGUAUUGAAGAAGAGCAAGAAGGCGAAGAAAGAGAAGAAGAAGCUCAAGCGCAGUCGGGAGGAGACGGUGACGCGGAUAGAAAGCUCCGUACCGCCUCUGAAACAACACAAGAAACAGAACAAGAAGCAGCAGAAGAAAGAGAAGGACGUGGCACGUACGACGGACUUUUCGGAGGGACCGUACCAGCAACCACCAGCUACAGAUGGCAGUUUUAAAAAAGCGUUUUAUACCGAAGGCAGUGAGACGGCCAAGAUGACGAAUGAGGAAGUCUCGGCUUUCCAUGAAGCGAACCAGAUGAUCCUCAGUGGCAACGCGUGUCUGUACCGCCCUGUGCUUAGCUUUCAGGACGUGACGUUUGACUCGAAGUUCAUGGACACGACCAAGGGCUUUGACAAACCCACUCCGAUUCAGAGUCAGUGCUGGCCUAUUCUUGCCUCGGGACGCGACAUCAUUGGCAUUGCUGAGACGGGCUCAGGAAAGACAUUGGCGUUUGCUCUCCCGGGGUUGAUCCACAUUGCUGCCCAGCCAGCAGUCUCGUCGAAGUUCCCUGGUCCACGCAUGCUCGUUGUAGCACCAACACGUGAGCUUGCUAUGCAGAGUUCUGCGGUCAUUUCGGAAGCAGGCAAGAAGUGUGGACUCAAGAGUGUUUGCAUUUACGGUGGCGUGCCUAAACAUACACAGAAGAAGGCGCUGCGUGAUGGCGUGCACGUCGUGGUGGCAACACCUGGUCGUCUAAAAGAUCUGAUCGAAGAGCGGUGCUGCAAUUUGUCCAAGGUCACGUUUGUCGUGCUGGACGAAGCUGAUCGGAUGCUCGACGAGGGGUUUGAAAAGGACAUUCGUGCAAUCAUUGGCAGCUCGCAUCCAGAACGUCAGAUCGCAAUGUUUAGCGCGACGUGGCCACAAUCAAUCCAGAAACUUGCCCACGAAUUUCUUACGGAUCCCGUGAAGGUGACGAUCGGCUCAGAUGAACUUGCUGCAAGUCACAACGUGACGCAGCUUGUAGAGGUGAUUGAUGACCGCGCCCGGGAUGCUCGCGUCCACGCGCUAUUGCAGAAAUACCACUCGAGUCGCACGAACCGCGUGCUGCUGUUUGUCUUGUACAAGAAAGAGGCUGAUCGCGUUGAACGUUUACUGCAACAGCGUGGCUGGAAUUGUGCCGCUAUCCAUGGUGACCGGAGUCAACAGCAACGCUCCGAGGCUGUUGAGCAGUUUAAAUCUGGCGAGGUGCCUCUGUUGAUUGCAACGGAUGUUGCUGCUCGUGGUCUCGAUAUCCCUGGCGUCGAGUACGUCUUGAACUACUCGUUCCCUCUGACAAUCGAGGAUUACGUGCAUCGUAUUGGCCGUACCGGCCGUGGUGGUAAAAAGGGAACGGCUCAUACAUUCUUUACUGCGAACGACAAGUCGCGUGCCGGUGAGCUGGUGAAUUUGCUGCGUGAAGGCAAUCAGGAAGUACCAACUGAUUUGACCAAGUUUGGUACGCAUGUGAAGAAGAAAGAGCACAAGAUGUACGGGGCUUUCGCCAAGAACAUUGACGUCACGAAAAAGGCGACGAAGAUCACCUUCGGUAGUGAUGAUGACGAGUAG